GCCCGCGGCAGGGGGCGGGGUCGCGCCUCCUCCGCUGCUCUGGUUCCAGCGGAGCCUCACGGACACCGACAUGGAAAUCCCGAGGUUGCUCCCGGCUCGCGGGACACUACAAGGCGGCGGCGGCGGCAGCGGGCCCGCGGGCGGCCGGGCGCACGGAGGGCCUGAUCCACGGGCUGGCCAGGGCCCCGCGCGCCGCCUCCUACUGCUCCGGGGACCCCAAGAUGGCGGGCCCGGGCGGCGGCGCAAGCAGACUCGCGCAGCCUCACCAGGCCAGGGCCCGAGCCCGCUGGCGCCGAGGCCGGAUCACGCUGGUGGCGGCGACGACUUCUUCCUUCUGCUGCUGGACCCGGUGGGUGGCCACGUGGAGACCGCGGGCGCCGGCCAGGCCGCAGGGCCGGUGUGGAGGGAGGAGGCCGCGCCAGGCCCGGGACUCCAGGGACGCGAGCGCGGCGCGAACCCCGCGGGCCGCCCUGAGCUGGGCCCCUGCUGCCCGUCCGCGAGCCCCGCCCCGGCCCCGGCCCCGAUCCCCGCCCCAAGCCCGGGCCCCGCCGCGGCCUUCGCUGGCACCGUCACCAUCCACAACCAAGACCUGGUGGUGCGCUUCGAGAACGGGGUCCUCACCCUGGCCACGCCCCCGCCACCCGCCUGGGAGCCCGGGGUCGCGCCCGCCCCGCAGGCCGGGGGUCUGAUCAUCGCGCAGCCGGGCGAGCCACACGCCGCGCAGCCCGGCGACUGCCCCGAGCUGCCGCCCGACCUCUUGCUGGCGGAGCCGCCGGAGCCUGCGUCUGCUCCAGCGCCCGAGGAGGGGGCGGAGGGCCUGGCCGCCGCCGAGGGCCCCCGCGGAUCGCUGGGCCCGGGCCCAAGCAUGGUGCUGUACGUGUGCCCAGAGGCGCAGUGCGGGCAGACCUUCGCCAAGAAGCACCAGCUGAAGGUGCACCUGCUGACACACAGCAGCAGCCAGGGCCAGAGGCCCUUCAAGUGCCCCUUGGGCGGCUGCGGCUGGACCUUCACCACUUCGUACAAGCUCAAGCGGCACCUGCAGUCGCACGACAAACUGCGGCCCUUUGGCUGCCCGGCGGAGGGCUGUGGCAAGAGCUUCACCACCGUGUACAACCUCAAGGCGCACAUGAAAGGCCACGAGCAGGAGAACUCAUUCAAGUGCGAGGUGUGCGAGGAGAGCUUCCCCACGCAGGCCAAGCUGAGCGUCCACCAGCGCAGCCACUUUGAGCCAGAGAGGCCCUACCAGUGCGCGUUUUCCGGCUGCAAGAAGACAUUUAUCACAGUGAGUGCCCUGUUUUCCCAUAACCGCGCCCAUUUCAGGGAACAGGAACUCUUUUCCUGCUCCUUUCCUGGCUGCAGCAAACAGUAUGACAAGGCCUGUAGGCUGAAAAUUCACCUUCGGAGCCACACCGGCGAGAGACCUUUCCUUUGUGACUUUGAUGGCUGUGGCUGGAACUUCACCAGCAUGUCCAAACUCUUAAGGCACAAAAGGAAACACGAGGAUGACCGGAGGUUCACGUGCCCUGUGGAAGGCUGUGGGAAAUCUUUCACCAGGGCGGAGCAUCUGAAAGGUCACAGCAUAACCCACUUGGGCACAAAGCCGUUUGUGUGCCCCGUGGAAGGCUGCUGUGCCAGAUUCUCCGCUCGCAGUAGUCUGUACAUUCAUUCCAAGAAACACCUGCAGGAUGUGGACACUUGGAAAAGCCGUUGUCCAGUCUCCACUUGUAAUAAACUCUUCACAUCCAAGCACAGUAUGAAGACUCACAUGGCCAAAAGGCACAACCUCGGCCAGGAUCUCUUAGCUCAGCUAGAAGCUUCGAAUUCUCUUACGCCCAGCAGUGAACUUACCAGCCAGGGACAGAGUGAUCUCAGUGAUGCAGACCUAGUGUCUCUCUUCUCUGAUGUGCCUGGCAGUGGUUCUGCUGCAAUGCUGGACACAGCCUUGGUGAACUCUGGAAUCUUGACAAUUGAUGUGGCUUCUGUGAGUUCAACUCUGGCAGGGAACCUCCCUCCUAAUAAUUCCUUAGGGCAGGCUGUGGACCCCCGGGCCUUGAUGGCCACCAGUGACCUUCCUCAAAGCCUGGAUACCUCUCUCUUUUUUGGAACAACGGCCACAGGUUUUCAGCAGAGCACCUUAGAUAUGGAUGAUGUCCCAAGUGUAAGUGCAGGGCCAUUGGGAUCUCUAGGCUCUUUGGCUAUAAAGAACUCUAGUCAAGAGCCCCAAGCUCUGACCCCCAGCAAUAAAUUAACAGUGGACACAGAUGCUCUAACUCCUUCAAGCGCCCUUUGUGACAACAGUGUCUCAGAACUACUGACGCCAACCAAAGUGGAAUGGAAUGUACAUCCUGACUCUGACUUCUUUGAACGGGAGGAAGAAGCCCCGUUUGGGUUCUCCAGUCCAGCUGGAAACUGUAGUUCUCAGAAAGAAACAGAUCUUACCACAGUGACUGGCAGCGCAUUUUUGGUAUGAACUGUAUUAUUCAUUCAUCAUCCCUUGGCUUGCUUCUGUUACACUCAGUUUGGAGGAUAUGCUGGACAAAAUGUUUAAAUGCAGUCAUUUGUUACUGGUUUGCAAAAGAAUAGAUCCCUGCAGUAUAAGUUGGAGAUUUAAAUUCUGAUCUUGAGUCUGAAACUGACAAGUUUUGUGACCUUGAGCAAGUCACUUAACCCAUCUGAGCCUUAAUUUCCUUAUUUAUAAAGUGAGGGGGUUUGCAUAGGUUGUUUAUAACAUUCUUUUCAGCUCUGUGAUUCCAUGAUAAUAUAUAUGUUUCUUUCCUUGAAAAUAAUUAGGACUUUUUUUCAGUGAUGAUGUGGCAUGUGCUUUUUUUCCUAUAAAUAUUUCAAAUAUACUCUGCAUCCAGCUUCAACAAUUAUCAACUCAUAAUCUUUUUUAGCUACAUCCCACUCACUCCCCUUCCUCCAGUAUUAUUUUGAAACAAAUAGCUGACAUCACAUCAUUGUACAUUACUAAACAUUCAGUAUAUGUCUCUAAAAGGUAAGGGCUCUUUCGAGAUACAGUUACAGUUGUCACAUUUAAAGUUACUAGUAAUUCCUUAAUAUCGAUAAAUCCAGUCAGGUUUCAGAUUUCUCAUUGUCUCUUAAAUGCUGUCUGUUUUAAUCAUUUUGAUAUUCAUGAUUCCUAUAAAUCUGUUGUGUUUUUUUUUUAAUCUAUGUUACCCUUUUAUGUCUUUUUUUUCCUUGUAAUUUUAUUUGUUGAAGAAAUGAGUUUGUUUCUUUUGUAGUAUUUGUCACAGUCCAGGUUUUCCUGAUUACAUCUGUGUAGUGGCAUGUAAGUUCCUCUACCCUCUAUUUCCUCAAAUUGGUAGUUGGAUCUAGAGGCUUGAUAAAAUUGAAAUAGGAUUGUUGGGGGAAAGAAUAUUUCAUAGGUGGUGUUAUAUUCUUUUAUUCGGUUGCACAUAAUGUCUGGUUUUCCCUCUCUUUGAUAUUAGCAGCUGAUGAUGAUUCAUGAUUACCUGUGCUUCUGAUGUGAUGAGUUGUCCCUAUUGAGUUACUAAUCAUCAGGGGAGGAGGAAAUGCUGUUUAAGGUAUUUAUUAAAGUUUAACGGACAUAUUCAAUGCCAAAAUAUUUUCUUAAGCAGUAGUAGAGCUAACAAGAAAAAAAAAAACUAAAAAAAUGUGUUUGCUGUUUUCACUGUGUUUCUUCCUGCUGUUUUUUGAGGAUGGGAGGCUGUGGUGGUAUUGUAGAAAAUGCCAGCCAGGACUUCCACAUGAUGCAGACCUAGGGUCAAAUUUGAGCUCUGUGGUUUUGAAUAAAUUAGUUUCACUACAUCUCAGUUUCCUAGCACAUCAUUAGACUUUUCUUCUUUUUCAGUUUUUCAUAUGUAAGGGAAAAUAUGUGUUUUGGCAUGUUUUGAUGAACUUGUAUCAUCUUUUUACCCUCUCAGCCGUUCCUGCUCUAAGGGAGAAAUUAGGAUCAUUUAAUCCUAUUCAUGUGCAAACAAUAAAAGUUUAUGAGGGUUAGGGUGAAAUAAGCAAGUGGAUCUCUUUUUUCUCUCCCCCAAAAAAUUGCUGUGAGGAAAUGCUAGGAGUGCAGACAUUGCCCAUAUUAUUAUCUGCAUACCUCUCCAUUUGAUGAGUUUGUCACCAUCUUAGCUCUCUUUUCAAAGUCAGGCUUCACUGUGAUCGUGGAGCCUGAUUUUCUGAUCGUGGAGCCAGAUUUUCCAUGAAAGUCUUUGAUAAUGAAGCAGAGUAGGUUUCUUCCUCUCUGCACUCUGGAGAGCUCAUUGUUUGAACUUUCCAGAGUUGGAAGGAAAGGCUGAAUUGGAUAUUGUGUAAAUAAUUUCUGUCAUAUGUGAGUGUAGCAUUUUGUAGUUUGUGGAGCAUCUUAACUAAUAUCUCAUUUGUUGUUCAGAAUAACCCCGUGUGGUAGUUUUGGAAUAGUCUGUUCUAUGACUCAUAUUACAGUUUAGCCAACUCGCAUUCCAACUGGGCUUUGGAUUGUGACUGACAAUUCUUUAUAUAGCGUAAAGCAAGGAUGAAAAAUUCUUUUCACCCCUCCCAUUCUACUCAUCCAACUUUCAUGAUUCAUUCCCAUUUCAUAUCUACCCGUAGUUGCUGUGUCACUUUACUUGGUUUCUGUUACCUUUUGCUUACUUUCUCACCACUCCACUCCCUUGUAUGUGCAUUCCAAUCCUUGCCAUACUUUUUGUUUUUAUUUUUUAAUGUAUAGUUCUCUUUCAUGCCACUAUCUCUCAGCCAUUCUCUUCAUGGCCUAUUUUCUUUCAAUAAUAACAUUUACUGAGUGCGCACUACAGGUCUGUGUGUACAGUAAGAAGUUAUGUUCUGAGCUUACAUGAUACUGUGUGUAUAUAUAACUCAGAUGAUAGAGAUUAUUUUAUAUAAUGUUUAGAUGAGAAGUGGAUUUCUGUUUCUUUAUUAAAUUUUUCUAAGUUUUGUCAAGGAAUUCUGCUAAAACUCUCUUAUUUGCUUUAACAAAUACUAGUUUAGUAGUGUUUGCAUGUGAGUGUCUGUGGAUGACAGUUACUGUAGAACUUUGACAGUGCACUAAAAUUUUUCCACUUUGAAAUGUUUUUGCAUGGUGUGUGUGUGCAGGUAUACAUACGCACACACACCAACACACAUAUUCUUAAGUGGUUGUAUUCAUUUAGUGAAAAAGCGAGAAGUAGAUAUACAUGUGUAAAUCCGAGAAAUGCUCAGAGUUUCAUUGCAUCUACCCAUUCAACAGUUUUACCCCUUAGGAAAUACUUGUACUCAAAAAGUGCAUUUCAAAAUUAUAUUGUCAUUCAUUGAGGCCUUUUAAAUAGAUCACUAUUUUUCAUGUCUUACAGAUAAGUAUGUUAAGGUUAGAGAUGAACACAAAGUCUCAAACACCAAAUAAAUUAUUUAAAUAUGAAGAGAAUUUAAUACUUGUGACUUCAUUUAUUUAAUUCCUUAAACAAGCUUCCUCCCAAUUAAAAACACAUACACCAUAAACUAUAUAAAUUUCCUAAGCAUUCCUGGACUUUUCAAAGGACAAAUGUUACCGUUUUCAAAGAUGAAACCUUUUAUUUGCCCAGGGGCUCACAGAGUUUCAUUGAGCAAACUUGUUGAAAUGAUUUUUCUUUCCACACCAUUUUCUAGCACAGCAGUGGAGAACAGCUUUAUACUGAAGGUAAGAAGUUUAAUUUCUGUUGGUGGUAAAGAAAGGUAGCCAUCUUUCCUUUUAAAUAAUGGUACAUGUUUUAAUUUUAUUCUGUUACCUUUCUUCUUCUCAGUCACUAGUUUAUUAAAACAUCUUACCACUUGAAAACACGGUAACAAUGCCUUAAAAAGAAGUCUGCUUCUGGGGGCGCUAUUAAUCACAUUGGUCAUGAGUUUAAAAUAUAUUAGCCUUGCCAUUUUUACCAGCUAGUAUAAUUAACAUAAAUAGUAGUAGUAGGAGUGAAACAUGGAUAGCUCUUGAGGUUUAAUUUUCUCCGUGACCUAAAAUCUUCAUGAUCUUAUCUAGGAAACAUGAGAAGGCAGUUUGUUAGCUGGAGAUUUCACUGUUUUUUUUUUUUUUUUUCAAAUUAACAAAUAUUUCCUGAGAAUCCUUCAGCAAAAUGCAGCAUAAGGUAUUGGGGGUUUUAUGAGAAGAGGCCUAUGAAACCCUGACCCUUAAGGAGAUCACGGUUGGUAGGAAGAGAUACAAAUAUAAUAUGCAGUUGGAGAACAAUAACUGAAAACUAUUAAUUUGUUACCAAAAUGAAUGAGAGGUGCAAGAACAGUAAGAAUAAGAUUAUCCUAAGCACACAUGAGACCCUGGGAUCAUUUUUCAAUCGAAGAGUCAGAUCAUGAAAAUGUUGUUUUAGAAAGGUUAAUGUAAUGGAGGUGUACAUGUGGAUUAGAUAGGAGAUACUGGAAUAGGUAAAUCAGUGAGAAAGAUGUUUAACGAUCCAGGUGUGCUGUGAUGAAGCAUGAAGCCUGGAGUAGAGUGGUGUCAGUGGGAAUGGAAAAGACAAGGCAGAUAUUGGAGAUAUUUUCAAAUUAAGGGAAUAUUACUUAGUGCCUCAUUGAGAAUAUAUAUAUGUAUAUAUUACUAUUUUAUAUAUAUAUAUAUAUACAAGAUCAUAGAGAAAGAAAUCAGGAAUAUGGACUUAGGUUUCUUUAGGGACUAUAAUAAUCACAUUUUCACUAACAUAAUGAGGAAACUAGUGAACAGGGUCCUUUUCCAGAAUGAGUGUAUAAAGAUGGCAUGUUUAGUUAAAUGAAAAUUGAUUAAUCAUAGUUAUCCCUACAUAAGAUAUCCAUAUUGUGGUUUAUCCACUUUCUAGAAGAUAGCAGAGGGUCACUUCCUCUUUCUUGGUUCCCUGAGGCAUGCUCACAACUACCUAUAAAGUUCUGAUCCUCUUACUUCCCUUUGAAUUACCAGAAGCCUCGACACCUUGCUUGAAUAAUCUAGAUCUUCACUGUCUGAUAUGAUAGCUAUUAGUAACGUGGAGCUAUUUAGCACUUAAAAUGUGGCUAGUAUGACUGAGGGACUUAAUUUUAAUUUAAUUAAUUUUAAUUUUUAAACUGAAGCCAGUAUAAAAUGUUUUUCUGUUAAAUAACAUUACUGUUUUGGCAGAAUUAAAUUUCACUUUAGCCAUUCAAAAUUUAGUAUCUAAAUUGAGAUAUGUUGUGAAUAUAAAAUACAAACCAGAUUUUGAAGACUCAGUUUAAAAAAAUCUCAGUAUUUUUAUAUUGGUUACAUGUUGAAUAAUAUUUUGGAUAUAUUUGGUUAAAUAAAAUGUAUUGAUAAAUUUAAUUUCACCAGUUAUUUUUAUUAUUUUAACGUGGCUACUAGAAAAUUUAAAAUUACACAUGUGGCUCUCAUUAUAUUUCUAUUGGACAGUAUUUACUUGGAUGUUACAUUCCUUCCCCAGACUACUCUGCAUCAAAAUGAGCUGUACUGUCUCUGCUGUUCAUUUAGUGUCUUUUCUACUACUACUUUUAAGAUUCAGUGGCUGUUCUAUUUUAUGUUUAGGGUAAAAUUAACUAUGUAUUAUCAAGGACUUUGCUGUAAUAAGAGGGACAGUAUUUUGUAAUGAAUUUCAGAAGUUUUUCAUGAAAACUUUGUUGGAGUGAAUUUUAUCUGCAUUUGUUGGAGCAGGCAGGAGUAGGAUUCUCAAAUCCUCAGAUCUGUGUGAGACUGACUUUUUGGGACUCCUUACUCAAAAUCUCCUCUGUCACUGGAGAGAAUCAUGGGGCAAGUGACGGCAUGAGAACCCAGUUGUGGGACUCCCUACCAUCUUCUCUCCAUUUUAUAAUUUCUCUGUCUACUAAAAGAGAUAAUUCUGGAAGGAAUGGAAGAGUGAAAAAUUAAAGAAGGAACAUGAAUGAUACUAUGAUGGUAAGUUUGAUGAGUACUGCAUUGUCAAGUAGAAGUACAUCAUUAUUGUUAAUUACCUGCAUUUAAGGACAUGCAAAACUCUUUUAAUUGUCAAUUUUUCUAAAGAAAGCUUCCUGACUCAGUAUUUUAAAACAAAGCAUGCAGGGAUCUCUAAAAGCACUAGCAAUCUGUGAAUCUCUUAAGACGAUCCCUUGUAUUUAUUUACCAAGUUACCAGUCAGCAGGUAUGUAUUGAGUGCCUAAUAUGUGAGACACUGUGAGGUAUUACACUUAAGUAUAAUUCAUUAAUCCAUUAAAAGAUAUCUUUGAGUAACUGUUAUGAGACCGUCCUUACGUUCAAAAACAUGAUCUGGAUGGGAAACUAGCAGACAGUUGAAACUAAUGUAUAACAGGGUUUUAAGAGGUACAUUUUAGAUUUUACAAGAAUUAUUUUCUGUGACUAGACACAAAUUCAUAGCAACUGUAUAGGACAGAAUAGAACUUCCCCAUAGGGUUUCCAAGGAGUGGAUGGUGGAUUCAAACUGCCAUCCUUCUGGUUAGCAGCUGAGCUCUUAACCACUGUGCCACCAGGGCUCCAGGCUUAAAUUACUACUCACAGAAUACCGUCAAAGUUAUAUUUAAUUAGCAUGUUAAAUUUCAUUCAAUAUAUAAACAUUAGAACAAAAUUGUUCAAAGCUAAAACAUUGACAGGUGUCUGAGAAGUAGAUUUGAUAAGUUAUAGCAAAAUAAUUUUGAAUAUCAACUAUGAAAUAGGCUUUAUUUCUAUUUUUUUCUAGAAGACAAUCCCUGACUUAAUGAAUCUUAUACCUAGAAGUGAUCCUAGAGAUUUUAUACUCCUUCAUUUUAUGAAAGAGAAAAGAUAUUAAGCUUGUAUUUUUGUAUGUGAAAUUUCUUAUAAGACAGGGUAGCAAACUUCAAUUUUAUGAAAAUAAGGACAUUAUUUUGGAGAUAAUUUCAUCAUAUAGGCACACUGGAAGGAAGGAGAUACAUUUUUUACAGUUUUCUACGUAGGGUUUUUACACAAGACUGUCGAGUCUGAAACUUUUUUUUUUUGCCAUUACAUAUACUGUUUGAUCGUAAUGCAAAUCAAUAUUAGCUCCAUUUUCACAUUUUUUUCAUUUUUUGUUCUUUGAUUCAAACCCUUGAUCUUCAAGACCAUUUGUGAAAUUCUAUUUGGUGUUUUUAUUGGAAUAUUUGUAAUGUUUUGGCUAAACACUGAAUACUGAAUAAUACUUCACUUGCUUUUUUUCUGAAUAUAUCUUAGCCAUUAAUGUAUUUUUAUAUCGGUCUUAGUUAUCUACUGCUGCUAUAACAGAAAUGUAUUCUCUCACAGUUUAGGAGAAUAAACCCAAAACCCAGUGUCCUCGACUCAUAGCGACCCUAUAGGACGGAGUAGAACUGCCCCAUAGAGUUUCCAAGGAGCGUCUGGUGGAUUCGAACUGCCGACCCUUUGGUUAGAAGUCCAAAUUCAGAGCAUCAGCUCCAGGGGAAAGCUUUCUCUUUCUCUGAUGGCUAUGGGGGAAGGUCCUUGUCAUCAAUCUUCCCCUGGUUCAGAGGUUCUCAAAGAACACGCUCAGCUUCUGGCUCUUCUUGCUUGGUGGAAAUGAGGUCCCACUCCUCUCUGCUUGCUUGUCUUUUAUAUUUCAAAAGAGAUUGACUCAAGAUACAACCUAAUCCUGUAGAUUGUGUCCUGACUCGUUAACUGCUGCUUUUCUACUUCAUUAACAUCAUGUUGUUAGGUGGCUGUCGUGGAUUGAAUUGUGUCCCCCAAAAAUAUGUGUCAAAUUGGUUAGGCCAUGAUUCUCAGUAUUGUGUGGUUGUUCUCCAUUUUGUGAUUGUAAUUUUAUGUUAAAGAAGAUUAGGGUGGAAUUGUAACACCACCCUUACCCGGGUUGCAUUCCUGAUUCAGUGUAAAGGGAGUUUCCCUGGGGUGUGGACUGCACCACCUUUUAUGCCUCAAGAGAUGAAAAGGAAAGGGAAGCUAGCAGAGAGGGGGAUUCUCAUACCACUAAGAAAGCAGCAAUGGGAGCAGAGUGUGUCUUUGGACCUGGGGUCCCUGCGCCUGAGAAGCUCCUCAACCAGGAGCUUGAUGACAAGGAACCUUCCUCCAGAGCCAACAGAGAGAGAAAGCCGUUCCCUGGAGUGGACACCCUGAAUUUGGACUUGUAACCUACUGGACUGUGAGAGAAUAAAUUUCUCUUUGUUAAAAUCAUCCACUCAUGGUAUUUCUGUUAUAGCAGCACUAGAUGACUUAAGACCAAAUUUGGUACUGAGAGAGUGAGAUACCUAAAAUGUGGAGGCGGUUUUGAAACUGUGAAUGGAUAGGAGAUGCAGAAGAAAGUGAGGAGAACUGUUAACAUCAGAGAAGGCACAGAUGGUGAGAAACAGCAGCAGUGAGCCAGCAGCAGCAGAACCACGAGACCAGUGCAAGACAGCGCUGGAGCCAACCCACAGAGCGAGAAAGCUGAGUGCCUGUGUGCAGGAGGCUUCCUGGUGGAGUGGGGUGCCCCAGGGUACUUAUCAGUGGAGCUACAGAGCUUUGGAACACUUGCCCUAGCAGGGGAGAUGCCAGUGUGAGGCCCGAGGAGCCAAGAGCCCAGGAAACCAGGAAGCAGAAGCUGAAGAGACAAAGUACACGAGAAGCCAAGCUGCUUCAGUCUCAAAAGGUAUGGCCGUGACCUCUGUGGUUUUAAAGGGCGGAGCCAUGGCCUCUGGUGUUUCUAAGGGUGGAGUUGCCACUCAGAUGGACUAGGAGAAUGGUGUCUCUAAAGCCAAGGGAGCAGAGUUGCUAUCCCAGUCGGCCUGGAAGGCGGAGCUGAAGCCCCAGCCCGAGGAGCCUCCACUCAGAAUCCAGAGAGUGUGGCCAAUACCUAGAGUUUAGAGCGUAGGGCCAUUGUGUAAAUUCUCUCAGAGAACAGAGGAUUCUUUUCAAAGGCUUGAGGGCUAAUGUAAUGUGUUCUGCUGACUAGCUUGGUGCCUGUUAUGACUUCUUUCCCUCCAAUUUCUCCCAUUUGUAAUGGAAAUGUCUAGCUUGUGCCUGUUCUGCCAUUGUACCCUGGGAAGCAGAUAACUUGUAUUCUAGACUUCACAGAUGAAGAAGAAUUUUUGGAUUUCGGACUUGGAGUUAAGACUUUUUGUUAUAAUAUGAUGGGAUGAAUAUGUUUUGAAUGUUACAAGGAUGUGAUUUUGGGAGGGGCCUAAGGGUGGAAUAUCAUGAAUUGUGUCUCCCCAAAAUAUGUGUCAACUUGGUUAGGCCAUGAUUCCCAGUAUUGUGUGGUUGUCCUGCAUUUUGUGAUUUUAAUUUUAUGUUAAAGAGGAUUAGUGUGGGAUUAUAAUCGUAAGACCACCUUUACCCAGGUCACAUCCCUGAUCCAAAGUAAAGAGAGUUUCCCUGGGGUGUGGCCUGUACCACCUUUUAUCUCUCGAGAUAAAAAGGAAAGGGAAGCAAGCAGAGAGGGGGACCUCAUACCACCAAGAAAGCAGCACCAGGAGCAGAGUGCAUCCUUUGGACCUGGGGUCCCUGUGGCUGAGAAGCUCCUCGACAAGGGGAAGAUUGAUGACACGGAAUCUUCCUCCAGAGCCAACACAGAGAGAAAGCAGUCCCCUGGAGUUGGACUUGUAACCUACUAGACUGUGAGAGAAUAAAUUUCUCUUUCUUAAAGCCAUCACUCAUGGUAUUUCUGUUAUAGCAGCACUGCAUGACUAAGACAGAGUCCCUGAGUUGGUUUUGAUUCAUAGCGGCCAUAUGUACAACAGAAGGAAACACUGCUCCAAAACCAUCCUCAAAAUUGUUGCUAUGCUUGAGCUCAUUGUUGCAGCCACUGUGUCAAUCCACCUAUCUGAGGGUCUUUUUCAUGGAUCCUUUUUUUUCUGCUUUACCAGGCAUGAUGUCUUUCUCCAGGGACUGGUCCCUCCUGAUAACAUGUCCAAAGUACAUGAGACCAAGUCUCGUCAUCCUUGCUUCUAAGGAGCAUUCUGCCAGUACUUCUUCCAAGACAGAUUUGUUCCUUCUUCUGGCAGUCCAUGUUGUUGUUAGUUGCUCUCGAGUCAGUACCAACUCAUAGCGACCCUAUGUACAACAGAACGAAGCACUGCCUGGUUCUGCACCAUCCUCACAAUCCUUAUGCUUGAGCCAAUUGUUGCAGCCACUGUGUCAAUCCAUCUAGUUGAGGAUCUUCCUCUCCUUCACUGACCAUCUACUUUACCAAGCAUGUUGUCCUUCUCCAAGAACUGAUGCCUCCUGAUAACAUGUCAAAAG